GAUAAACCCUAAAAGAUCAUCAUUGGUUGGUUCUAUCUGAAUUACAUCGAAUCUUUGAUCUCUGAGCAUUUGUUGUUCAAAAGCUGAUCUCUCUUUGUCACUGUAGAAAUUCUCUUUGGGAAAAAUGUCAUCUGUUGGAACAUCGAAGGGGGUUCUGGAGAUCGUCAAGUUCGGUGUCUAUGUUGCUGUUCCGAUCGUCCUUAUGUAUACGUUCGCCAACAACAGUACCAAUAUCAAGAAAUUCAUGGGCAAUCGUUCAUAUGUUGUUUAUCCUGAAGAGGCACCUCGACCUCCUCCACCGGAGGAGUUAAGAGAGAUGGCACGAGAGCUUGCUCGUAAGAAGAACAUCCCGUGAGUUUAUGAGAUGGAAAUAUACAAAAUUUCGAUGUUAUUUGUAAUAGUAAACUGCUCGGCGUAACAACUGGUAAUAAGGUAAUGACAAUGUUAUGUUGUUUAUUCCUGUAAGAUCAUAAUGGGAUUGUAUAAGAAAAGCAAUAAUGAAGAAGAGGAAGCAUUUCUUUUGCUACAUAUUUUUUGUGAUUUUGUGCACAUCAAUGGAUGAAGUAAAACAUUUUCUGAUAA